UUUUGUUUGAAUAGUUUUGAAUUUUCUAACGAAUGUUUUUUCGUCUGAGUUAAUAAGUGCUUUAUCACGUUAAAAAUAAAUAAAAUCGUAAAUAAAUCAAUGGAUUUACGGGUUAUUGUGUGUUAAAAUUUGUUAACUAUGAACGGGAACAGAGAUUCCACGUCGAACAGCAUCAAGUUUGCGCCUAUGCCUAUGUCGGCGUUGCUAGCAAAUUUGAGGCCUUUGCAAGCCGUGGAGCCGGAUACCCCGGACUCGAGUUUCACGACAGACGACAGCGACGAUUCCUUCAGGGAAAUAGCUACAUUGAAGACACCGGUUCUAAAGAAAAACAAAUCUUCAACACCACAAUACAAAACCACAAAAACAAUAAAAACUUUCGCCUCCGAAAGGAAAAUAAUUUCAAAUGACCAGAAUAAAGAAAACUCUAGCCAUACCAAGAUUCCGCAGCAGGUUUUAUUUACCAAAGAUCGUGAUGUAUUAUCAGUACAAAAGCAGAUGAAACCUGCUCCGAAUUCCGAAAUUCAAAAACGUAUGUUGAUACCACAACAGAAUAACUCACAACUGCCUAUCAAACAGAGUAAUUCAGUGCAAAAAAAUACUCCAGAGGCAGCCAAAGUGCCAAAUAGUAGUCAAAAGUUGAAAACAGGAACACCUAUAAUAAAGUCAGGUAUACGGAAAUUUACGCCAGGUUCGGGGCGACAGAGUCAGAAAAAAAAACCUUUAUUGACUGUGAUACCGAAUAGGGACAAAGUUAUACGUGAAUUGUUUAGACAGAACCAACAAACAGAUCCUAUAGAACCCACUCCAGUUUCUAACUCUUUACCUGUCCCAGAGACUCCUUCAAAUAAGCCUGUGCCUAAAUCAUAUGCGGCCACCCCGUCCUAUCCUCAAGGCAUACCUAGCAGUAUCCCUAACAACUCUAAAGUGUUAUUCAAAACUACUAGCAUUAAAGAUAAAAAGUACAUGUACAUUAAAAAACUGGGGACUGGAGGCUCCAGUGAAGUCUAUAAGGUGCUAGAGGUUGGUACAUCAUGUGAGUAUGCAGUCAAGUGUGUGUUCCUGGCCACGGACCAGGAGAUGGCGCAGGGCUACAUCAACGAAGUGAGGCUUCUGAGGGAGCUGCAGAACUCUGACCGAGUUAUACGCCUCUAUGACUAUGAGUACGACAGACAAAACCAGUUCCUCCGCGUCGUGUUAGAGGUUGGUGAGACUGACCUGGCGUCGUUUCUACGCGCGCGCGGUGCCGGCCUGCCACCCGCGCUCGUCUUACAUUACUGGGAAGAAAUGCUGCUCGCUGUCAACUACAUACAUGAACAUGGUGUAAUCCAUGCGGAUCUGAAGCCUGCGAAUUUCCUCCUGGUGUGUGGUCGUCUCAAGCUCAUAGACUUCGGCAUCGCAUCAGCAAUAAGCGGGGAUGCGACGAGCGUGGUGCGCUCGCAAGCGGCCGGAACGUACUCCUACAUCAGCCCUGAGGCGCUGAUGGGUGGCGCCGGGGGCUACGGCAAUAGUGCCAACAUCAAGAUCUCGUACCGCUCAGACGUAUGGUCUCUGGGCUGUAUUUUGUACAGCAUGGUGUACGGGCGCACGCCGUUCGGCCACAUCCCCAACCUCGCCAAGCUGGCCGCCAUACUCGACCCCAACCACCGCAUCGACUACCCGCCAACAGACCAGCUGCCAACAUCACUAGUCUCAACCCUCAAGUGGUGUCUGACGUACAACGCGCGGUCGCGACCGAGCGUCAGAGAGUUACUGGCCGUCAAGCACUUGCCGCGAGCGCCUCUGCCGCAACCUUUGCUCGACCGACUGAAACCGCACGUUACUCAGGACGAGUUCAGGUUGCUACAGCAGGCUCAGAUAUAAACUCAGGAAUAUGAGAAACGGGACAUUCCCUUGCCAUUGAGGUAUACAUCUGACAAUGCCAAUUAACAAAAUUUUGAUCCUCAAUUGAACAUGCGCCUCGCUAUGAAGGCACUUUUGACAUUAGAAUAGUAAUGUGUUGAUCGAAAAAAAUAUAGUCAAGUGCGAGCCACACCUAUGUCUUCGUGAGUUGUAAAUAGUAGUUGUUUUAAAAGUGUUAUUAUAAUUUAAGACACUUUCCUUAGAUAAAUUAUUUUACCUAAUAUAUUUAAUGAAAUUCAUGCAUACUGAAUACAGGGGUUUCUAUAGUAAUAGAUUUAUAAUAAUAGAUGACUGACUUGACAAGGUACCUGCGGGGUGAUCCGCUGACUCUGUGUCUAACACUGUUAUGUAUGAUAGCCACCGAGCUCGUUUGACAUUCGUGAGUUCUACUUUGCUGCUUCACUGAGAGAUAUUAAAAUAUUUUUUGUAGUUCUAUGGAUUACAAGUGUAAAUUAAAAAUUAAUA